AUGUCAGAUCAUUAUAUGACUGAACAGCAUCAAAAUGCAAUAAUCGCUGUUAUACGUUGUUUAAUGUUUAAAUCAUCGAGUGAUCAUCAUGAUAAAAGCUCUGAGAUAGAGAUUGAUAUCUCUUCUCUUUCCACUACGACUAUGAUUUCACCUGUCAAUGAUAAUAUAGACAUUCAAUUACAAGAAGUAUGUGAAACAAUUGAUAUUCUUGCUGGUGGAAUUCAAACAUUGAAUGAUGAUGCACAACGUCUUAGCCAUGAAUCAGUGAAAAUACAAAAUGCUAUCGAUGGUUUAACUCAAGAAUUUGCAGUACUCAAAUUAAGUAUUCAAGAACAAAAUGUUUUCUUAGAUGGACUUAAACCUAACCAAGAAAUUCUUCAACAAGAUGUUUCAUCAUUAAAACAAAAACGACCACGAUCAGAAAUGAAUAUUGCAAGUGGAAUACCUAAAUUUUUUCCACUGACAAUGAUUGAACAAGAUGGCAAUCCAUAUGUUCGAGAUGACACUAUGUUCAUCAAGAUCAUGGUCGAUUUCGGUGAUAUGCCCAAAACUCUAUUACCAUAUGCAUUGGGUCUGAAUCCCGGAUUGCCAAUAAAUAUUCAGCAGGCAAUGAUCAAGCGAGAAGCAGAACGACGCGCUCAACAAGCUGCUACCGUACCAAAUUUAUGA